AUGCGGCUCGCAAAUGAAGCUAUAAGACGAGUACGCCAUCCUAUACCAACAGUAAAUGAUGUUAGUUUUGCCCUGAAUGGAGCAAAAUUUUUCUCGAAACUUGAUUUGAGCCAAGCGUAUCAUCAGUUAGAACUGGAUGAACAGUCUCGUUAUAUAACAACCUUUAGCACUCAUGUAGGUUUGUAUCGCUACUAAACUAUGGUACAAACGCUGCAGCGGAAAUAUUUCAGUACACACUCCAAACUGCACUGCAAGGGCUUAAAGGCGUCAAGAACAUAGCUGAUGAUAUCAUUGUAUUCGGCUCAACAAGAACUGAACAUGACGCUAAUCUUGACAAAUGUCUACAACGACUUGCAAUGAAUUAGGGCUUACGACUAAACCGAAGCAAGUGUAAUUUCCUUAGUACUACAUUGUCAUUUUUCGGACAGGUCUUUUCGAAAGAAGGUACUCAUCCUGAUCCUAGGAGAGUAGCUGGUCUAUUAAAUGCACCUCAGCCAAAUAAUGCACAUGAAGUCAGGAGCUUCCUUGGCAUGGCCAACUAUAGUAGUAAGUACAUUCGAGAUUCCGCAACACUAACUGCUCCCCUUCGUGACCUGACGAAAAAGGAUGUUCGUUUUGAGUGGACUCAAACACCAAACUGCUUUUGAAAAGCUGAAAAACACGCUUGCAAUUGCUCCAUGUAUGUCAUAUUUCGACAAAAACAAACAAACGUUUGUAACAGUUGAUGCUAGUCCUGUAGGAAUUUCUGGAAUUCUUUCUCAGAAACCAAGAAACGGUGACGUAGACAGUCAACAGAUAAUUGCAUAUGCCACCCAAGCGCUGACUGAUACAGAAAAGAGAUACUCCCUGACGGAAAAAGAAGCGUUAGCGAUAGUAUGGGCAGUUGAACAUUUCCAUUUAUUUUUAUUUGGAAGUGAAUUUACACUAAUAACUGACCAUAAACCUUUAGAAAUUAUUUAUGGUCAACGUACAGCCAAAACAUCAGCGCGAAUUGAAAGAUAG